CUUGUUGUCGGCGUUGUCGGCUUGUUGUCGGCUUUUAGUAGGACCCGUGAAUCGUGUUAGUGCUUGGAUGGGUGGAAGUGGCGAAGUGAACUUCAAGUUCAAGGUCCGAGUUGCAUAAGUAUUUAUUCACAUGACGGGUUUGUCCAACAAAGCUUCUAACUGUAGACAACUACCCGACUAGUGGAGGAUUUGAAGAGGGCGAUGGGCAGUCGUCAGAGUUGAGUUUCCAUGGGUCAACCACAAUGUCAUCUUCGGAGAAAAGUGUGACCGAACAUCUGUACAAGGUUCUUGUCAUUGGAGAGUUUGGAGUCGGUAAGACGUCUAUUAUAAGAAGAUAUACAGAAGAUAAAUUUUCACCCAACUAUAAGCUGACAAUUGGAGUUGACUUUGCCCUGAAACCAAUUGAGUGGGAUUCAACUAAAAGAGUUAAUUUACAGCUGUGGGAUAUUGCUGGACAUGAAAGAUUUGGUCACAUGACUAGAGUGUACUAUAAAUAUGCGAUUGCUGCUGUCAUUGUGUUUGAUCUAUCAAGACCAGCAACAUUUGACUCCGUUCUCAAGUGGUACUUGGAUGUCAACCAGAAAGUGAUGCUUGCCAAUGAACAACCUGUCCCUAUUCUUUUAAUAGCCAAUAAGUGUGACCUUGAGGAUACAGUGCUAGAUUCCAAAAUGCUGGAGGAAUUCUGCCAACAGCAUAACUUCAUUGGAUGGUUUGCAACAUCAGCUAAGGAUAAUGUAAACAUCGAGGAAGCGAUGAGAUUUCUAGUCAAGAAUAUUCUAGAGCUGACAGCAGAGGGAGCUAAACCCAGCGAGCACAUCUCACUCCAUCAAGACAAAGAUUACUUUGAUACCAUCGACGAAGAGGAAGAGAUCAGUAACAACUCUGAAGAGGACACCAAGUCCAAGUGCUGCUCGAUAUAACUCGCAGCGGCGUAGGAAUUAUGUCUAGAUGUCUGGGAUUUAGGCUCAAGCCGUAUCAUUUGGACUUACACACCAGAAAAGUCAGCUUAACAGUGCUUUCAACUGAUGAAACAAAAAUUUCAAAUCCUGGUCUGCGGCAAUUUUGGGUAUUUUGGUCCAAGCCGCUUGUGGCCGCUAUGGUCUCUAUAGGGUUGAGCCAUUUAGAUUGUCCUCCCCUCACAGACUAUAUCUUAGGACCUGGAACAAUUCCAAACAGUCACUAACAAAAACAAGCUUGAACAAGGAAACAAGUAAAGAAGAUAAAGGCGAUUAAUUCAAAGUGAACAUUUAUCUAAGUUGGCGCCUUCCUCUUUGCUUUCCCAAGAGUAUAUGCUGGACCCAACUUCAUAGCGCUGAUUUACGGUAAGCAAAUUUUCAAG